AUGUGCCUAUUAUGCAUUUGUAAAAUUUUAAGCGUCAAUGACAAUAAUAAUUAAUAAAUAAUUAAUAAUUAAAUAAUUAAUAAUUUAUUUGGCAUGCUCCUAGGCCUAGUUGUUCAAAAGAUGGAUAAUGUUAUCCAGUGGAUAGUGCAAUAUUGGUUUCCCUAAUACUUAUCCAAUGUUUAACAACUGGGGCCUGAUAUCGGUGUUUCCUUUUACCCACCAUACAGAUGCUAAGGAUAGUAGACCUGUGCAAGCCACAGCAGUACCAGCAGGAACAAAAGCAACUAAACUACAGCCAGCAAAAACAGCAGAUAAAGGAAAGAAACAAGCAGCUGUAAAAAAAGCUGGCAUCAACACUACUGCUGAGAGUGCUGAGGACAAGAAUAAACAAACAAAACCACAAGUUACUCAUGAAUUAUCUGUGGUAUGUUUUCUUAUGUUGGAAAAGUACUGUUUUUACAUUUUACCACUUUGCAAUGUGCAUCACUGGUGUGUAUGUAGUGCAAUCCUGAUUUUUCAAACCCUUUUCGGUGAAAAGGGGAUUGGUCGGAAUGACCAGGAUGUCCAGGGGUUUGGAAUAAUCAGGGUGGUCAUUAGGCGUUCAAAUUUGGAGAAUUCUCUAUUUACUAGGCAGAUUUCUUACAUGUGGCAGCUUAUGACUAUUUUUUAUUCAGACGUGGAGCCUCUUUCAGAAUAUUCUCCUGUAAUUUUACACCUUUCUCCUGCUACUGGAAUUCUUAAUGAAAACACUGAUAAUUAUUUCUUGGAAGUAUCAUUAAUUUAAGCAUGAGUGGAUCCACACACAUAACCAAGUUGUUUAAGUAUGUAUAGUCAUUAAUCAUUUGAAGUUGCCAAGGAGCAGAUGGAGUUGAUGAGAGAAACACUCAAGAAUAGUCUUAACUGUGUGUAUUAUUUUAGGAGCAACAGCUAUAUUACAAGGAAAUUACAGAAGCGUGUGUUGGAUCCUGUGAAUCUAGAAGAGCUGUAAGUUUCCUUGCAUAAUAAUUUGAUGAGCUUGCUGCGAACUUACGAUAUUGAUAAGAUCCACAGAUUUUCAUGUUCAAGGUUCUGUGAAAACCAGUGUGCUCAGCAUAUGCCUUUUAUACAAAAACUAAGAUUUCUUGGUUACCCAAGGUUCUUUAACUCACUCUUUGUCCAAACUUUUACUACAAGAAACAGGUGAGGCAAAAACAGAGACAAACAAACAACAACAACAAAAUAAUGUGCAAGCAAACUUAGUUUCUCCUUCAUGUUCCAAAUUCAUCAGAAGAUUUACUUGUUACCUGUGCAGGCCAAAAGUGAAAAAAUAAAUCGUGAUAAAAUAUUCUCAGAAAGAAAGUUUUUGUCAUGUGCAGUUAGAGUUUGCACCUUUUGGUUUAAGGUAUGAAAAGGAACUGGUUAAAGGCGAAAAUCAUCUUCUGUAAAAAAUUACUGGAGGAUGUCUUGGACAACAAACCUGCUGAAAUGUUUAUUAACAGGGUUUGUACAGGUCAUGGAAAACCUGGAAAGUCAUGGAAUUUAAGAAUUUCAAUUUCCUGUCCUGGAAAGUCAAAGAAUUUAAUUGUCGGUCCUUGAAAGUUAUGGAAAAUUAAAGUUUUGUUUGCUAGAUAAGUUACCGCAGAUGACAAGGCAAGGACAAUGUACACUGAAAAAUAAGGAGUAACUUAACAGUGCAAACGGCACGUAUUUUUGGUGGAUGCCAGAGUUUGUGUCUGUUGAACCGUAAAAGGUCAAAAAAUACUGACAGCUAAACCUAAGGUCUGGAAAACUUGAAAAGGUCAUGGAAGAAGUCAUGGAAUUUGAAGAGCUCAAAAGAGUACAAACCCUGAUGAGUAUUUUCAGAAAAGAUGAAACAAUGCACAUUUUUUACUUUUUUAGUCUAAAAUAUGGCCACUUACUUCAAAGUUCUGUUACAACCUUGACUUGACUGCAGUUCAUUUUGCUUUCACAAUUUCUCUGGCUCUUAAUGUUUUUUUAUUUUAAAACAAAAGAUUUACUGUUGACACAUAUCUACUUAUUUCUAGGAAGCUCUUCAGAGUUUGUCAACAGACCCAGGACUUUAUCAAAUGCUGCCACGAUUUAGUACUUUUAUAUCUGAAGGGGUAAGUCAUUAAAAGAGUAGUACAUUCCUAAAAAUUACUGGAACCUAUAGUAGUUUGUUGCCUUAAUGUAUGUUCAUGUUUUUGUGUAUUGUUUUAUUUUUUGUAGGUAAGAGUAAACGUGGCCCAGAAUAACCUAGUGCUAUUAAUCUACUUGAUGCGCAUGGUGAAAGCACUGUUGGACAAUCCUACCCUCUACUUAGAAAAAUAUGUAAGUGGUUAUGUUACAGCUUAAAAUUAAAUUCAGGUUAAAUUUUUUAACCUAGGUUAAUUGUCAAUUUCCUUUAUCUCCUUGCCCCAAUUAUUCAUGGAUUAUUUGAUUUUGACCUGUAACACUUAGAUGUAAGAAAAACACAUUGAUACGGUGUAGUCUUAAUGUUUUAUUUCAUAAUAAGUUAACAAGAAGAUCCUGAAGCCUUUUUUCAAGAUUAAGAAAAAAACUGUUCUGCUAUGGCAUGCUCAAUGAUACAUUCUGUCCAGUACCUAGCUUGCCUUUCUCAUACACUGUACCUAGCAAUGAUUAGGCACUGCAUAUACAAAACCUGGAUCAGAUGAACCCCUGUAAUCCAGUCCCAGAUUUUAAGGCAUUGAUUCAGUCUGUGUUUUGCUGAUGCUUCAGUUAAGCAUGAUGCAUGCUAUCUGUUAAAAAACACUGUCCUUCUAACGCAAAAAUCAGGACUGCUGAUAGAGUUCAAAAGUGAUGAUGUCAUGAAAAUUACUUUGUUGAAAUUAUAAGAUUUGUUGGGAUAUUCUGAAAGAACAACAUCUAAAAGGCCUACUUGCCAAAAAUGUGCUUUUCAGGGCAAAUUGUCUCUGAGGUAUUAGCCCAGUUAUGCUCUGAUUACUCCAUACAAAUCCUUCUAAAUUUGUCUUUGUUCAUAACCUUAUAAAUCAGACCAUAAUUUGGCUAAUAUCUCUGAGACAAUUUGCCCUGAAAUACCAGUUUUUGGCAAGUAGGCCUUUUGGGUGUUUUUUUUUAAAGAAUAUCAUGACAAAUCCCGUAAUUUUACAAAUUUAACUUUUUACGAUGUCACACCUUAGGAUUCUGUACCUAAUAGUCAGAUCUCAAAUUAGAUCAAUCUAGGUUUCUGGGAAACUGCCCACCUACCCCUCCCCUAAGCCACCAUUUUGCCCUAAGUGAGAAGUAAGUGAUAAUGUUGGCUUAGGGGAGGGGUAGGUGGGCAGCCUCCGAAGAACCUAAACUGAUCCCUAAAAUUUUUGUUAUAGUUGUUCUAGCAUUAUAGUAAGUAUUAAGUUUUGACAUUAACUCAAGGAUCUCUUGUUCUUUCUUCAGUUACAUGAGUUAAUCCCAGCAGUGAUGACAUGUAUUGUAAGUAAACAGUUGAGUCCAAAGCCAGACACUGAUAAUCACUGGGCAUUAAGAGACUUUGGCUCAAGACUUAUUGCUCAAAUCUGCAGGUUUGUUAUUUCAUGUCUGGCUAUCUGCAAUCUGUCAUUACAAGCAUUAACAAGUUAUAAUUAAAGGCUCCUCUUGUCGCCCGCAAUCCUAAUCACCAGGCUGCUAUUACGCAUGCGUCAUAUAUAUGUAGCCAGCAUUCAUUUGGACUUCCACGAAAAAUGAACGAAAUGCAUGUAAUGACAUUUCAUCAUGCGCAUUUACACCUUCCAUUUGUUCCCCCACCUUAGAAACACAUAUUCCUAGUAAUAUGUGUUCCCCUACGUGGGAAACACAUAUCCCUAGUGAUAUGUUUCCCCCCACCUAGGAAACACAUAUCCCUAGUGAUAUGUAUUCCCCUAUGUGGGAAACACAUAUCCCUAGUGAUAUCUGUUCCCCCACCUGGGAAACCCAUAUCCUUGGUGAUAUGUGUUCCCCCACAUAGGAAACCCAUAUCCCUAGCUAUAUGUGUUCCCCCACCUGGAAAACACAUAUCCCUAGUGAUAUGUGUUCUCCUACGUGGGAAACACAUAUCCCUAGUGAUAUGUGUUCCCCCACCUAGAAAACACAUAUCCCUAGUAAUAUGUGUUCCCCCACCUGGGAAACACAUAUCCCUAGUGAUAUGUGUUCCCCCUCCUGGGAAACGCAUAUCCCUAGUGAUAUGUGUUCGUCCACCUGGAAAAACACAUAUCCCUAGUGAUAUGUGUUCCCCCACAUAGGAAAGCCAUAUCCCUAGUGAUAUGUGUUCCCCCACCUGGGAAACACAUAUCCCUAGUGAUAUCUGUUCCCCUACGUGGGAAACACAUAUCCCUAGUGAUCUGUGUUCCCCCACCUGGGAAACCCAUAUCCCUAGUGAUAUGUUUUCCCCCACCUGGGAAACACAUAUCCCUAGUGAUAUGUGUUCCCCCACCUGGGAAACACAUAUACCUAGUGAUAUGGUUCUCCCACCUUGGAAACACAUAUCCCUAGUGAUAUGUGUUCCCCCACCUGGGAAACCCAUAUCCCUAGUGAUAUGUGUUCCCCCACCUGGGAAACACAUAUCCCUAGUGAUAUGUGUUCCCCUACGUGGGAAACACAUAUCCCUAGUGAUCUGUGUUCCCCCACCUGGGAAACCCAUAUCCCUAGUGAUAUGUUUUCCCCCACCUGGGAAACACAUAUCCCUAGUGAUAUGUGUUCCCCCACCUGGGAAACACAUAUCCCUAGUGAUAUGUGUUCCCCCACCUGGGAAACACAUAUCCCUAGUGAUAUGUGUUCCCCCACCUGGGAAACACAUAUCCCUAGUGAUAUGUGUUCCCCCACCUGGGAAACACAUAUCCCUAGUGAUAUGUGUUCCCCCACCUGGGAAACACAUAUCCCUAGUGAUAUGUGUUCCCCCACCUGGGAAACACAUAUCCCUAGUGAUAUGUGUUCCCCCACAUGGGAAACACAUAUCCCUUGAGAUAUGUGUUCCCCCACCUGGGAAACACAUAUCCCUAGUAAUAUGUGUUCCCCCACCUGGGAAACAACUAUCCCUAGUGAUAUGUGUUCCCCCACCUGGGAAACACAUAUCCCUAGUGAUAUGUGUUCCCCCACCUGGGAAACCCAUAUCCCUAGUGAUAUGUGUUCCCCCACCUGGGAAACCCAUAUCCCUAGUGAUAUGUGUUCCCCCACCUGGGGAACACAUAUCCCUAGUGAUAUGUGUUCCCCCACCUCGAAAAUACAUAUCCCUAGUGAUAUGUGUUCCCCCACCUGGGAAACACAUAUCCCAAGUGGUAUGUGUUACCCCACAUGGGAAACCCAUAUCCUUAGUGAUAUGUGUUCCCCCACCUGGGAAACACAUAUCCCUAUUGAUAUGUGUUCCCCCACCUGGGAAACACAUAUCCCUAGUGAUAUGUGUUCCCCCACCUGGGAAACCCAUAUCCCUAGUGAUAUGUGUUCCCCCACCUGAGAAACAGAUAUCCCUUGUGAUAUCUGUUCCCCCACCUGGGAAACCCGUAUUCCUAGUGAUAUGUGUUCCCCCACCUGGGAAACCCAUAUCCCUAGUGAUAUGUGUUCCCCUACCUGGGAAACAAAUAUCCCUAGUGAUAUUUGUUCCCCCACCUGGGAAACACAUGUCCCUAGUGAUAAAUGUUCCCACCCAUGGGAAACCCAUAUCCCUACUGAUAUGUGUUCCCCCACCUGGGAAACACAUAUCCCUAGUGAUAUGUGUUCCCCUACGUGGGAAACACAUAUCCCUAGUGAUCUGUGUUCCCCCACCUGGGAAACCCAUAUCCCUAGUGAUAUGUGUUCCCCCACCUAGAAAAUACAUAUCCCUAGUGAUAUCUGUUCCCCCACCUGGGAAACACAUAUCCCUAGUGAUCUGUAUUCCCCCGCCUGGGAAACCCAUAUCCCUAGUGAUAUGUGUUCCCCCACCUGGGAAACAGAUAUCCCUAGUGAUAUGUGUUCCCCCACCUGGGAAACACAUAUCCCUAGUGAUGUGUGUUCCCCCACCUGGGAAACACAUAUCCCUAGUGAUAUGUGUUCCCCUAAGUGGGAAACACAUAUUCCUAUUGAUAUGUGUUUCCCCACCUGGGAAACACAUAUCCCUAGGAAUAUGUGUUCCCCCACCUGGGAAACACAUCUCCCUAGAGAUAUGUGUUUGCCCACCUGGGAAACACAUAUCGUUAGUGAUUUGUGUUUCCCCACCUUUGAAACACAUAUUCCUAGUGAUAUGUUAUUCUCUACCCUGGAAAGAUGUAUCCCUAGUGAUAUUCCGUACCUGGGAAACACAUAUCCCUUGUGAUAUGUGUUACCCUACCUGGGAAACACAUAUCGCUAAUGAUAUGUGUUUCCCAGUACAUAGCCGUAAAAGAUUUUUUAAUGAAAAUGUUAUUAAUGACUCAAAUUACUCUUAAGUAUUGUCAGAAUGCUGCAUAAUAUCAUAUCUCUACGGUAGGAAAUUUUGGUGUAUUUUUAUUCUUGGGAUCUUUAACACUAAUCCGUUUUGUUACCACCCGUCUAAGUGUAAGUGCAUUGAAAAUUUGGACCUUUAGCGCUUUUUUGUAUGUCUCUGAAAUGACUUGGACGAAUUUUUUUUAAAAUCUCGUCACAUAAUUUUUAUAAUAUAUGUAAUAAUGGCUGAAACUGUCAUUAAGAUUGAUUUACUGCAACACCUUGAAAUUUCAUUAGCUGGUCUAGGUCACACAAAAUUCGGCUUUUAUCAAGUUCAAAGUUUUUUGAUUGUUGUUGUCAUAGUAAUAUUGGUUUUACUUUAAACUACAUUUUCACAAAUCUCAAUCCAUGGCCAAUUACAGGUGAAAAAUUUAUAGCGAUCAGUCAAGGAAAAAAACACUUUUAAUGCGAUUGAAAAAUAUUGAUAUGGCCUUUGAAAACCUGCAUUGAAACACCUUAAACAGCCUACAAAACUAAACUCUUAGUGUGGGUGGAUGGGAAGGUCAGUAAUAGUGCAUGCAUCAAAACCUUUCAGUCACAUGACCUAUACCCAGGCCCCCAGCGCUGUGUGAGAUUAACAUUUUCCACUUUUUUCGUUACACUCGGCUAAUGGAAAAUUACUCUUAUGUUAAUUGUUUUUUUUCUCUUACUAUCUAUUGACUAAAAUUUAAGUAUUAUUUACUUUAAGUGUAUUUCUUUGUCAGGUCAUUUAAUUCAACCACAAACAAUGUGCAGACAAGAGUUACAAAAACCUACUGCAAGGUCUGUAUUUUUGUGCAUGUUCAUCUCUAAUCAUCUCACUUGCUAUGUGUUUGACAGUCGUAUGGCUAAACAUGUAGUAAAAUCACUCUACUUGCAGGCAUUACAUCAAGAGAAAGCUCCACUUUCCACUCAUUACGGAGCCAUCACAGGGUUAGCUGAAUUAGGGCAAGAGGUAUGACUUGAGCUUAAGCUACAGUAGUUUUUUUCUUAUCAAAAGUUCAACAUUUUAUUUACCAAAGAGCUCACUGUGAUGUUGUUACCUUACAGGUUAUUAAAGUCCUUAUUCUUUCAAGACUCAAGACUGAAAGUGUUUUGAUCAAGCAAGGUCAGGAAGGUUUGGAUCCUAUUGAGAAAAAUGCUGCAGAAAACCUCAAGAACCUACUGCUGGUGAUUAUAUAGAUCCAUGACUUUCCCCUCUUAUUACAUGAAGCCAGUUCCUGUGUCACAAGCCUUCCAUUCUCACAAAGGACACAAAAAUGAAUGAAAAAUACAAAAGUCCAGCAUUUCAUUGUGUAAGGUCCUCAAAAACAAAUAGUGUCAUGAAAAAGUACUUUUGAAGAGCUUUCUUUUAAUUGUACACACCACAGAACCUUAUUCACAGACUCAAAAGUUAGAACCACCUUGUGCAGCAUAAUAAACGGUACCACAGGAAAGUACUGCCCGGUAGCUUUCAUUUGAAUAGCCACACUAUAGGAUUUCAUCCACAGACUCAAAAGUUAGAACCACCUUGUACAGCAUAAUAAACAGUACCACAGGAAAGUAAUAUUCAGUAGCUUUCAUUUGAAUGGUCACAUUUUUAGGCUUUCAUCAACAGACGCUGAAGUAGAACUUUACAAGGUACCCAUUUUGAAUACUGAGAACAGAGGAUUAGCAAAAAUAACAAAUUAUUAUGCAAAUUUCAUUAUUUUCGUAUGUUUUUUGUUGUAGAAACAUUGUCCUGGUGUUUUACUGAGAAUACGCUUGCCACCUGAUUCCCCUGAACAGUAUGAAAAAGAGUUUGGAGGAAUGGGACGCCUUCUUUGCACCAAAGUCUCCCAGAUGCGACAGACAAUAAACGCAAUGAAAAAGCCAUCUACACUAACAGUAAGGACAGUAUCAGGGGUACCAACCCUGGGUGUGACCACUCCAACCACACCUACUACCCCUGGGGCAAUUUCAGCAAAAGCUGUCACUCCUACCACCCCUGGAGCUUUUGCUGUUAGUUUAUCAUCUCAAAAAACUGGAGUGCCCACUACACCAAAGGGAACAACACCUACCACGCCCACCUCGGCAGGGUUGUUGUCACCUGUGGGCCUUUUACCCACUGGGAUGACAGGUUCAAGCGUCACACAACAGAGAAACUCUAGUCCAGGUACACCAAAGACACCCACAUCUGGCGUGACAUCAACAAGUAACACAACACCUGGUAGCUCUGGGACUUGA